CUUCCCCAGUCGCUGCGUGGUCAUGACUGCCUUGGCUUUUGAGCACAGACAAGCUCAAUAAAAUUAGGGCGACAGACCUCCCUCAUAGGUUCGCGCCGGAUCUUUGCAGAGCGGAGCUAUGACGUGGCACACUGCAACACGCACGGCCGCGUUCCUGCCCGGGCAAUCCCUCUCAUCGCCAGAUGCUCUCUCCCCUGUCCCUUCCUACAGGUCAUAGCUUGCAACCAACCACGGACAAUCAUGGCGGACAGCCUAGCCGGCGGCCCCGCAGCCUCCGCCUCCUCUCCCCCCGCCUCCUCUCCCCCUGCCUCCUCUCCCCCCGCCUCCUCUCCCCCCGCCUACGCCCCCGCGCCCGACCCCUUCCCGCUGCUGUCUCUGCCCGAUGACGUCAUCGCGGCAGUGAUGCGCUGCCUGGCCGCCUCCCAGGUGGUGGCUCUGGGCGCCUGCUGCCAGCGGCUGCUGCGGGGGCCGGCGGCGGAGGACGUGCUGGUGUGGCGCCACUUCUGUGAGCGGGCGCUGAUGGGGCUGGAGGAGGAGGAGGAGGAGGCGGAGGAGGAGGAGGAGGCGGAGGGGGAGGAGGAGGGGGCCAGUGGCAUGCAGGCUACGGGGCGAGGCAGCAGGCGGGCAGCGGCGCGAGGCGGAGGCGGAGGCGGAGGCGGAGGCGGAGGCGGAGGCGGAGGCGGAGGCGGAGGCGGAGGCGGAGGCGGAGGCGGAGGCGGAGUCGUUGCCGUCAGGCCGCUGCCGCCCCAGGCACUGGAUCUCCAGGCCUGGGGCGCCCCCAGCUAUCGCGCUCUGUACUGCCGCCUGCUGCGGCCCUAUGUCGGGCUGGCCACCCGGGGCCCCUGGCUCAGCGGGUGGGUGGUGAUGCGCUGCCUGGCCGCCUCCCAGGUGGUGGCUCUGGGCGCCUGCUGCCAGCGGCUGCUGCGGGGGCCGGCGGCGGAGGACGUGCUGGUGUGGCGCCACUUCUGUGAGCGGGCGCUGAUGGGGCUGGAGGAGGAGGAGGAGGAGGCGGAGGAGGAGGAGGAGGCGGAGGGGGAGGAGGAGGGGGCCAGUGGCAUGCAGGCUACGGGGCGAGGCAGCAGGCGGGCAGCGGCGCGAGGCGGAGGCGGAGGCGGAGGCGGAGGCGGAGGCGGAGGCGGAGGCGGAGGCGGAGGCGGAGGCGGAGGCGGAGGCGGAGUCGUUGCCGUCAGGCCGCUGCCGCCCCAGGCACUGGAUCUCCAGGCCUGGGGCGCCCCCAGCUAUCGCGCUCUGUACUGCCGCCUGCUGCGGCCCUAUGUCGGGCUGGCCACCCGGGGCCCCUGGCUCAGCGGCUUGCAGCCGCUGGGGUCUCUGGUGGUGGUGGCCGCCGUGCCGCCCGCCCUCACUGGCUACCUGGUGUGCUCCACCCGCCUGGGCGAACCGGGGGUCAGUGGCGCGCCCAUCUUCACCAUUGGCUUCGCCCGCGGCAGUAGCAGCCUCAGCGGCAGUGGCAGUGGCAGUAGCAGCAGCGGCAGUGGAGGCAGUGGUAGAAGCAGCAGUGACGGAGGUGGUAGCAGCACCGUCGCUGGUGAGGGGAGCGGGUCAGCAGGCGACGGUACUGGUGACGAGGGCGAGGGCGGCAGCGGCGGCGCCGCGACUGGCGAAGGCGGCCAGGGAGGCGGCGGCGGGCAGGGCGGCGUGGUGGUUCAGUGCCUGCGAGGCCAGAACUCAUUUGGGGCUCGGGUGCGCCGCGAGUUCGGCGAGGCGCCGCGGUCCACCGUCACCGCCCGGGUGCUGCAGGCGCUGCCGCCACACGCCGCCCGGCUGCAGCUGCGGACGGCGCCGCCGCCGCCGGCCCACACAUCGCGUGCGGGGCAGCCGCUGCAGCCGGGAGAGGAGGAGGAGGAGGGGGCGGAGGAGGAGGAGGAGGACGAGGGGGAGUGGGCUGACGCGGAGGAGGGGGUGGGGGAGGGGUCCGGGCAGGCGGCACGUGCGCAGGCGGCGCCGUCGGCUGUGCCUCAGGCGGCGGCUGUGAUGCUUACCAGGGGUCUCGGCAAGCGCCGGCCCGCGGCUGUUCCCCGUCUCUACGGGUUCCGCCUCUCUUGCUGCUGCAGCUGCUCGCAUCUGGAGACGGAGGCUGUGUGCCGCUGGGACCCCGUCGCGCACACGCCCCUGCCCGAGCACCUUCUGACGCCGCCGCCGCCGCCGCCACGACUGGAGGCCGCCGCCGCCAGAGAAGUAGGGGCCGGAUUCGGAUCCGGAUCUGGACCCGGUUCUGGAUCCGGAUCUGGGGGCGAGUGGAGGCUGGACCUGGAUCUGCGCGCCAGCCCCGAGCCGGACCUGCGGACGCGGCAGGUGUUGUCGUGGACGAUGCAAGCGUUGAGGGACGGCGCCUCGGCUCGGGCUGUUGCCUUCAGGCGCCUGGACAUGGGGCUGGACGCCGCCGACCUCGCCCUCGCCGCCGCAGUGGCAGCCGCGGCGCGGCCGCCAAGCCAGCAGCACCCCGCCGCAGCCGUGGGAGCAGCAGACGCAGGCCAGGCACCGCCUGCCGCAGCGGAGCCCGCGGGACCCGAGCAUGAGGCCAAUGCCGCUGCUGAUACCGCUGUCGCUGCUGCCGCCGACCCGGCAGCGCCGCCACUGCCACCUGCUAAUGUGACCGACCCGGCAGCCGCGACGCAGCUGCGGCUGCAGCAACAGCCACAGCUGCAGCUACAGCCGCUCCUAGCGCGGCACCCCCUGGAAGGGCUGUGGCGGGGCUCCUACGGCGCGCACGGCAUUGAGAUGGUGGUGAUCAAGCGGGCGGGGCCAGCGCUGCUGCUGGGCCGCAAACUGACGGGUGAUGCCAACGUUCCGGCGGGCCAUCACACCUUCCGAGUGUACCUGGACACCCCCGGCCGCACCAAGGGCUCACAGCGCGGGCAGCGCUUCACGUUGCCUACCGACUACGUGUCACGCGUGGAUCUGGAUCCGGACCUCAUCGAUGAGAUCGCCGCCGAGGCGCCCACAGGGGCUCCCGGCGGCCAGUCCCGUCCCCGUCCCUGCAGCACUGGCGGCCCGAAGCGGCCUGUGCUGGUGGAGGCAGCCUACGCGGCGGAGGGGCAGGGCUCACAGCGCGGGCAGCGCUUCACGUUGCCUACCGACUACGUGUCACGCGUGGAUCUGGAUCCGGACCUCAUCGAUGAGAUCGCCGCCGAGGCGCCCACAGGGGCUCCCGGCGGCCAGUCCCGUCCCCGUCCCUGCAGCACUGGCGGCCCGAAGCGGCCUGUGCUGGUGGAGGCAGCCUACGCGGCGGAGGGGCAGAUUGCCGGCACGGGCUUCCGCGCCCCCUCCUGGAUCGAGGCCGAGCUGGUGGUGCUAGGCGGCCACACGCUGGGGCUGCUGUGGCACGGCCUGCGCAGCUUCUCAGCCUUCCGCCGCAUGCGCCUGGCGACCCCCACCACACCACCACCACCACCACCACCACGACAACCAUAACGGCGGCGGCUGCGACAACGACGGCGCUGUCAGCUGUUUCGCCCGGUGGAGCUGCUGGCGGAGGUGCUGCUGACUAGGCUGACUGGGCUGCUGGUCCAUGGCUGGGGCGCUGACUGCUACGUGUGGUAGUCGGUCGCCAGCAGGAGCGGUUCGGCGGAGCGGCCGCGGGGGCCGCCGGGGCCGUUGGGGGGUGAUGCUGGGUUGUUUGGGGGAUGUUGGGUAUGCGGCGAGCACGGGGCACCGUGCAUCGUGCCUGAAGUGGAGACAAAAGUGUGCUCAGCGGUGCGUCGGCAGUUGCGGGCCGGGUGCACCGGCUGCCAUACAUCAGGGGGGUGAGCGGGUGUGCAGCGGUGCCUGGACGAAUAGAGGGACGCCGGGUGCUGGUCGGUUGGAGCCGCGCAGUGGGUACCAGCUGCUCUGAUUCGGUAUGGGUGUGGCAUCAGGAUGUGAGGACAGGAGGCUUUAAAAGCAUGAGAAUUGACAGGAGCAGGAGAGUGAGGUGGCGUGUAGCCGGGCGGCACGAACCCAGACCGCCCGGCCGGCAUGGCGCAUGCAUAAUUCCAACCCAUAU